GACGAUAUGGGAAUCCGACCCAUCAGACUAGCCAAGAGACAGGAGACACGAAAGUCGUCCACUUCCGCGACAUCCUCAGCUCAUCUGCUUCAACUCCGUCCAAUGCGCUUAGGAACUUCUACUACAGUUUCUGCCACAGCUUCUAUUGCUGAAAACACACCAACUUCGUCACUGUCUCAGACAAAAAGAUCUUCAAUUCAAAUUAAGAAUCUCCCGAUAGCUGUUUCACCGUUGAAGAAUACACAAGUAGACGAUAUGAUCUUUGCCAUCUGUGUAGUGGAUUUUCACCACCUGAGGGGCCCAGAAAUCCAAUGGUGGAAAUCCAACUACCAUCCGGAGUACACUCAGCUGCUCUUCAAGAACUUGUCGUUCCAAGCUUUACCAGAUGGAUCUCACUUGUUCGAAGAGACUUUCUCCAACUUCAACCUUGUGUAUGACUUCCAGAACUCAGAAUCCAUAGAUAACAUGCUGGACCUCAAUGAUUACCAAGGUGAUCCACGUCAUUUACGAACACUUUUCGGCUGUUCCUGUGUUAGACAAGUGAAAACUAGCGAUUUGUCACAAGAAGAAAGAGAUAGAAAUAAGGAUAUAACUCGCUCUAUAGUGCAGAAAGCUAUAGUGAUUAUAGUCAGAAAGCAACCCAUCUUCACUAAGAUCAGGGAGAAAUUGUCCAUAAUCACCAAGAGCUAUUUCCAGCAGGACAAUUUCAACAAUGUCGAGUUGUUGGAGAAUCUCUUUGACAACCUCAACAACACUUUCAAGCUAAUCGACAACGAGUUGGAGGAAAACACUAAAUUUACCUAUGAAUUCAGCGAACAACAGAAAUCUAUAGCCAAAGAAGAAGAGAAUUUCGUCAACUUGAACUUGAAGAACACCAUUCUCAAGUUCAAAGCCAACUUCUUAACCAUCUUCAAAAGCUUGUUGCUUGACAAGAAGAUUUUGAUUUUUUCCAACAGCAGCCUUGAGAUGUUGACUCAAUUUCAAAACAACCUCAUCAGCUUGAUCCCAAACUUAAUCAACAAUCUAGACAACUCUGGGUGUCCCUUAAUAGACUACGUGGAAACUAACGGACCAUUGGCAAAACCGAACUCUCUUAACACCACGAAUCGUAGAUCAAUGCUUAGAUUUUUUGGCUUGCCAUUGCAAAUUUUCAAUACUAAAAACGCAUUCUGGAAUCCAUAUCUUCCAUUACAGCAAUUGGAUGAAUUGACAGUCGAAAGUUUUAUGGUUGGUUGUAGCAACCUUUUGUUUGUCAACCAAGCUGAGAAAUACAAUAUCGAUCUCUUGAUUAACUUAGACACAUGCGAAAUAUCCUUCCCCAGUGGAAAGCAAGACGAACUAGGCUUGAGUCAUGCUGACAAAAAGUUCAUCAACCAUUUGAUAAACAACAUAGAGAACGAACGAGAUGACGAAUUCUUGGGAAAUGACGAUUACAUAAGAUACCAGUUCGAAGACUACUUGAACUCUCUCAUAUCUACCACCAGGUAUGCCCAGUAUGUAGACAAGUUCUCGCAGGCACCACCUGGGUUUGGCACCGGUGACGUAAACUUCGGUAACUUGAGCUUGUUCAACAUUAAGUUUGUUGAUAAGUGGCGUUUAUCUUACAACUAUAGAAUAUGGAAUGCCAUGGCAGAUGAGUUUAUUUUCAACUUCAUGGAUCCCAAACAUUUGGCUGUGGAGUUUCCAGAAACUCACGCUUCAUACAACUUGUCCAAUUUUUUCAGCUUCAAGCUUAAAGGCUCGACUGACCAGCAAUCAACAACCCACACGGCCAAUGACCCUAGACCUCAGAAGUUCAUUGCUGAUGAAAAGAUCAUUAGCAGUGACAAGUCUGCGGAGGAAACUAAACCUCAUCCUGCUAAGGCAGGCUGGACUUCGGGCUGGGGCUUCAAGAAGGGGUAAUUGACAAUAGGGAAUGCCAUAGCGAAUAAUAUACAUUAAAGUUG